AUGACGAACGCGUACGGCCCCAGCCACCUGGAGGUCGCCAGGCUCUCCACCAACCUGGGGAACGCCUUCGGCGUCUUGGGGCAGCCGGGGCGGAAGCGGGAGUACCUCGAGGAGGCGCUGCGAAUCAUGAGGGCCGAGUGCGGCGAGGACCACGUGAACGUCGCCAUCAUUCUCGCCAACCUAGGAGCUGCGUACAGCGACCUGGGGCAGGCGGAGACGAGCUUGAAGCACCUGCGGAAGGCGCUUCACAUAAAGGAGCUCCACUUUGGCAAAGAUCACGUGGAGGUCGCGGUCACGCGCCUGAACCUGGCGAACUGCCUGCACCGGCUGGGGGACACCGACGGGGCCAUCCGGGAGGCGGAGGCGGCCUCAGGCGUCUUCCUGGUGGCCUACGGCGCGGAGAGCCACCAGGUGGUGUCGUCGCGGAAGCUGCUGACCUCCUGGCGUCUGCAGGCGCACAGCAAGGCGCUGUCGCACGGCCAGGACCACGCGGGGUCGCCGGCCACCUGGCGGCCUGACGGCCUGCGCGCCUCGCCGUGCCGUGCGCCCUCGUAG